GUGUCUUAGUGCGACCGUGGCAUGUAUUGAAGUAGUUGACGCACAUAUCGUCGUCAUUUCGUUUAUUCAAAAUCGUUCGUUGUACUUUCGUAUCGUAUUGAUUCUGACGCAAACAUCGGUGGCAGUUCGGCGAGCGUCACCGACGGCCAACAAAUACUACGGGAGGCACGAGCAUGUGAUAAGGGCGGGGUGCGGGCGGCGGGCGUGGGCGCAAUGAUCGCGUCACUCAGGAAGAGGGGAGGCAUACUUCUAUGUUUACUUACUAUGUAGUCAGAGGCUAGUACACUUGCACAUUCCACUCAGGUCGGGCGAUUGCCAUUCGAUUCUUUGCAGUCUUUGUGCAUUUAAUAUCGAAACUUACUGAAUUGCAUUUUGUUAGGCGUUAAUAUUGAGUGACAAGGAUUUCUUUUUUACAUGUCAGUGAACAGCUGUGAGGUCCAUCCAUAUAUGACUAUGAAAUAAAAUGAAAUUUAGGCCCUGUGAGAUAACUCCCGAGCAAGUGAGGUUGCUUCUAUUCAAAGAGUGUGACUGGAGAGGGAGAAAAGUCCUCUUUGAUUCUUCUACUAUAGAAAGAGUUCCAGCUAAUAAGAAUGACAAGCCAAAUCUACAGUCAGAUGCCCCAUGUAUUGUGGAGGUGGCAAAUGGUUACAGCUAUGUGUACAAGGGGCCGGCGGCGGACGCGAGCUUGCUGGGUGAUAUGAUAUUCGGUGCGGUCGCUAUGAACUUUAAAAACGUCUCCUUGAAGAUUCACAUCAUGAAUGACCCUAAAAGGUUUAUGUGCACCAAGGUGUUCUGCGUCCCCAUGUCCCGAAGGAUAAGUCGUGUUGAGAAAAAGACCAGCGAAACCAACAAUAACGUGGUGCGCAAUACUUCGACGCCGUUGAACGUGCCGGAGUGGCGCGGGGAGGAGGUGUCUCUCAGUUUCUCCAUCGAUAGGGGAGAUUCGGGUUUCUACAGUGAACAAUCACCUUACAGCAGCGUGGGGUCUAACUUCGACCAUUCAAUGUACGACGGGGACAGGAAAAUACAGGACGAGUUGAGUUUCCAUUGUCCGCCUGGUCGCAAGCUAAGCGUGUCGAGUACAGGCAGUUGGCAGCGUAGAACCUUCCAGAGUAUGGCGACACGCUUCGACCUCGGCGGCUCCGGACUGCUUAGUGUGCCCACUAACACGUCGGAUUCACAGAUGUACAGUAAUAGUACAACUAGCGGCACAAGCGACAGCCUUCUUAGUACCUCAUCGGGCGUAGCGCAGCGCAGAAACAAGCUGGGGUUAGCUUUGUUGAUCACUGUACCUGAUACUGACAUGGAUUUGAUCCGUCGUUGUGUUGAACACUCGCCGCAGCUGCAGGCGUUGGUGUGUCGACUACGCGCGGCCACUAUGGCAGCCGGCGCGGGGGGGAACUUUGUAUCCACGUUACAUACAGCUGCAGGAGAUGCUGCGAGAUGGUUAUCAGAUUUAAUGUUCGGUCCGCGGCUGCAGUCGCGCUGGCUGAGCCUGCAGGGCAGCGCGCCGCGGCGCUGCGCCGGGCAGGCGGAGCUCUUGUUGUCUGACAUCUGCGCACUGCUGACAGCGGCCGACACCAAGGAUACUAAUUUUUUCAUCAGCACUCUGCUCACCAAUGUGCUCACUCACCACUUAGGUUGGGUGAGCACCGUCAGUCCAUACGAGGUGCAGCAGGGCUCCGCCCCGCGCCGCCCCUACAACGCGCUGUGGGCGCAGCUCGCCGACCUCUGCGGCACCAUCGGACAUCCGCCCCGCGCCGCCAGGACUCUCAUCACCGGCAACAACGCACACUUCAUCAACAAACUCCUCUCCGUACUCACCUACUUCCUCCGCUGCGGUGACGUCACCAGAACAGACUUCGCGUACCAACAGUGUGAAUAUCAAGAAAGCAAAGUUAAAUGUGUUAAUGUUGUGAAUUCAAGCAGCAAGAGCGAGUCUUGUAAAACCGCGGAACCGAAAUUACCAGACAGUUUAAAAGUGCCGAUCAAUACUCAGAGUAGUGGUAGUAGUGUUAGUACGUUAGUUUCGAGCGAGGUCAGCCUCAAACGGUCGGCGACGCUCUCUAAUUUUAAUGAUAAGCUCUCUAUACCGGAGCCGGCGGUCUGCGGCGAGAAGUCCGUCGGCGGGAUGAGGAGGAACCCCACGGUGCUGAUCUCAUUGAAAGGUUCCGACUCGAGUCUGGACACGUCAGGGUCGGACUUGGAGUCGGAGAACAAGGUGGUGUUCGUUCUGGGCGACGAUGAGAAGCUGGUCGGUUUAAAGAAUAAGUCUAACGGCGGGAGGAGCGUCAAGAAGUCCUCGAAGGUGAAAGAGGAGUGCGGCCGCCGGCCCUGCGCGCGGGACAUCGCGUGUGGCGCACAGGGCUCCGACGGCCCCGCCAAGUGCUGCCGACAGACACUUCAACAUUCCAAACCAAUAAAACAUUCCGGUUUUAAGUUUGAAUUCGAUAAGUACCCACAGAUAGUCACUAAUUAUAUGAAGAGCAAAAACUUAGAGAUACUAGAUAGACAUUACAUAGGGAAGCCGGGGAACUUAAAGCUGGACAACUUCCAGUUCGACCCGACGAUAGUUCCGCCCAUUCAGGAGGAGAGGUGCGAUGCUUGCUACAAAUGUCAGCUGAUGGAGUCAUUGCUGCAGACGCCCACCAACGCCUCCGAAAUGGAGUACAUGAACGACAUUCCGCGACAAUCUGAGCCGCAAGUCGCUAAAGAGGUCAUCGAGGGUGAAGAGAAGCGAGAGAUGUCGCCGAAGACUUUUGUUAGGAAACGAAAGGAGAAUACUAUUGUAGUAAACUGCAGAAGGGCCGGUGACAACUCGAGGUCGGCACAGGAACGCAGUCAGAAGGAGCGCGUGGAAAAGCCUAAAGAUACAAUAGAUGUGAAGCAAGUUCUAGAAUUUCCAUUGCCGAGUGUUUGUUGUCGAUCUCAACAGUGCCACACGCGGUCCGGAUUCGACGCCUCUUUGUUGGGCGGAGUCACAGAGCACUAUAUACCUGAUUUAAUUUUACAAGGAACAAUUUCAAACUAUAAAAGUUGGGAGACUGAGUUACGGCGGGACCUAGACCUCACAUCGUACUUGAACAAAACUCUAGACACGCCAAUGCAAGCUAUCGCCAUAGUUGGUGAUACUAACACUUGGGAGGUGUCGGUGGCGGGGCGGCGCGGCGGCUGGGGCGGGCUGUCGCCGCUGGUGGCCGCCAUGCUGGACGCGCUGCCGCUCAUGCGGCGCCUCAACCUGCCCUCCUAUCAGUGCAUACAAUACUUAGAAGGUAAAUUAAGGGAGUUGUGCGUGCUAUCAAAGACUCUAGCUGAUCUGCUGAUGACGACAGACUUCUGCGAUAUCGCCUCCCUGACGAAGACCCUCAAUAUUGACGUGAACGACGUCCCUCUAUUGUUGGCUGUCGCCACCACACAUACUCCGCAGUUAGCUUCCCGAUACGGAAUAUCUUAUAGUUAGCCCAAACUUGCUUUCAACACGCCCCAUAUAAGACUGACCUUUUAUACUAUUGAAAUUUACCCAUAUUAUCCUACGGGUAGGUUUGCCUGUUUUACUCCAGUUUCAUUUACCGUCUACUCCUUAAAUGUCACUUUUACGUAAAUAUUCCUUUCAAGACCUCUAUCAGUGUACCUCUCGUAAGUAAAGUUUUUAUAUGUAAUUCUCUCCUCAUAAUUGCACAUCCCAAUUUUUUUUACUACUAUAUGAAAUUUAAAAACACCUUCUUAAAUGUAUCUGCCAUUGUCAAUGUCACUGUGUCAAAUUUGUUACUAAAUGUCAGUGACAAAAUUGUGACUUAAUGUCAUUGACAAAACUGUGACUUAAUGUCACUGUCAAAUUGUAAUUUAAAAUCACUGUCAAAAUUUGAGGUUGCGCGUUGGAAACAAGUUUGAUGUGCUUUGAAAUAUAAAUUGUAUUCAAAUCUGCCUUUUCACUUUCUGCUUUUCCAUUUGGAAGUUCUUUUAAUAUCUGAAUGUUAAAAAUAAGAUUUUCCAAAUAUGGAUGAAGUUAUAUCACAUUUAAAUAUUUAGGGAAGUAGGGGCUUCAUACAUUUCAGAACGUACAUAUCAUAUUGACUUUUGUUCUAUUAGUGCUAUAGAUGGAAAAAUAAACGUUUAUCAUGUACUUUGCAAUUUUGGCUUUAAUAUGUUACAAACGUUAUUUACGCGCGAAUUGAGUUGGCACUUGGAAAAGAGUGAGAUUUCGGUUUUGUAGAGCGUUGUCUUUGUCUAUCGCAGUUGUGUUGUGACGUCACACAAUAGCUCUUUUAAGAGCAGUGUGCGACAGAGAGAGCGCUCUACAAAACCGAACUUAGUCGAUCUUUGUAAUAUCUCUCUUUUGCCCGAUGUGCCAACUUAAAUACCGUGUAUUUGCUUAUUAAGCUUUUUGGUGGGAGUCUAUCUGUGAUUUAAUAAACUUGGUAUAUUUUUUUGUAUAUAUACAUAUAUAAUUGUAUUAUGAUUCAAUUUGAUUGGAAAUGUGUUGAGAUGUUUUUGCUGUGAUUGUGUUAGAAAUGAAAAUAUGUAUAUUUUAAUUAUAUUUAUAAAUUUUAUUUUUUUAUCAUAAUAAUAGUGUUUUAAACACUGGCAACUAUCGAGUGAUAUCUAAUCAAAUUAAAAUGCUGCCCUUCAUUUGUAUUUAUUGUUAUCUAUGAUUUUUUUUUGUUAUUUUGUUACAAAGACUUUGUUAUUCCUUAAAGUAUAAUAACUUCAUUAUAGAUUUAAAAUUAAUGUAUCUUUGAAGCGUAAUUUUUAUCUUAUGUAUUAUAUCUUUAAUCCGUUAUAUGUUUUCAGGGUUAAUUGUACAAUUUACAUAUUUAGUUGUAAUCUGACCAGAAAAAUAGAAAUUAUGAAGAGGGCGGUUCAAUCGCCUUAAAUCAUUUAUAAAUACGCUGAAACGUUAGUACUGUAUUUUUUCGUAAUAUAGUGAGGGUUUAUAUUUCUGGUCCAGCUGUAAUUUUUAAUCUGUACGUAAGAAAGUUACACAUUAACUAUAAUACUCCGCAUAUUAUACGUACCUUUAUUUAUGAAGUCGAUUUGUGUGAAGAUUAUUUUUUAUUUGUAAUUU